UACACUUGGCACAAUGCAGUCAGGCAACUACCGUUCUCCUGGAAAACCGCCAAACCCAGACACUUCCUUUGGAUUGCCAGACAGAGAAGUGUGAUUGGUCACUCCAGAGAACACGUCUCCGCUGCUCUAGAGUCCAGUGGCAGCGUGCUUUACAUUACUACAUCUGACGCUUUGCAUUGCACUUGGUGAUCAUGCACUAACCGUGGAAUAUUUAGUUGCAAGGAAAUGUCACAGACAGGACUUAUUGCACAGGUGGCAACCUAUCACGGUACCAUGCUUGAUUUCACUGAGCUCCUAGGAGUGACCCAUUCUUUCACAAAUGUUUGUAGAAGCAGUCUGCAUGCCUAG